AUGGAUACGUCUAUAGCCUACAAGUAUCUUGAGGAGCUUUACCGCAAAAAGCAAUCUGAUGUCUUCCGUUUCUUGUUGCGUGUUCGCUGCUGGGAGUACCGUCAAUUGAACGUGUGCCACCGUGCUUCCCGUCCUUCUCGUCCUGAUAAGGCACGUCGUCUUGGUUACAAGGCUAAGCAAGGCUACGUUAUCUACCGUAUCCGUGUUCGUCGUGGUGGCCGCAAGAGACCUGUUCCCAAGGGUGCUACCUAUGGCAAGCCUGUCAACGAGGGUGUUAGCCAACUCAAGUACCAACGUUCCCUUCGUUCCACUGCUGAAGAACGUGUUGGUCGCAAGUGUGCCAACCUUCGUGUCUUGAACUCUUACUGGAUCAACCAAGAUGCUACCUACAAGUACUUUGAAGUCAUCCUUGUUGACCCCUCCCAUAAGGCUAUUCGUCGUGAUGCCCGUAUCAACUGGAUCGUCAACCCCGUUCACAAGCGCCGUGAAGCCCGUGGUCUUACUUCCAUUGGCAAGAAGAGCCGUGGUAAGGGCAAGGGUCACUUGUACACCAAGACCAAGGGUGCUGGUCGUUACUCCAACUGGAAGAGACGCAACACUCUUUCCCUUCGUCGUUACCGCUAA